AUGGCGACGGUGUCACUGCUCAACGUGACGGUGCGCAACAACCCAGCACCUUUCGACGCCCCAUACGAGUUUGAGAUCACAUUUGAGUGCCUUGAGCCACUUCAAAAAGACCUUGAGUGGAAGCUCACUUACGUCGGCUCCGCCACAUCCUCCGAGCACGACCAAGAGCUCGACAGCCUCCUAGUCGGACCGAUUCCUGUCGGCGUCAACAAGUUCGUUUUCGAAGCCGACCCGCCGAACACCGCGCGCAUCCCCACCACCGAAAUCCUUGGCGUCACCGUGAUCCUUCUCAGCUGCUCAUACGACGAACGCGAGUUCGUGCGCGUGGGCUACUAUGUCAACAAUGAGUACGUCGACGAGAACCUCGCCAACGAGCCGCCCGCCAAGCCGGUGCUUGAAAAGAUCCGGCGGAACAUCCUGGCCGAGAAGCCGAGAGUGACGCGGUUCGCCAUCAAGUGGGAUAGCGAGGAGAGUGCGCCUGCGGAGUUUCCGCCGGAGCAGCCGGAUGUGGAUGCCGCUGAGGACGAGAGCGCGAUGUAUGGCGCGGAGGAAGAGGAAGAGGAUGAGGAAGAAGGUGCGCCGGAGUUGGUCGAGGGUGAAGGCGAGGAGGCUGCGAAGGUCAAGGUUGAUGACGCGGAGAUGGAAGUUGAUGUUAAGGAUGAGGAUGAGGGUGAUGCUGGGUCGGAAGACCUGGAAAAUGAAUCCGAGGAUGACGACGAAGAGGAUGUUGAGGAGGAGGCGGAAGAAGGUGAUGCUGCGGAAGGUACGAACGGCCAGCAAAACGGCAAUCACGACAUGGAAAUGGAGCAUGACGGCGGGAAGCUGGUUGCCGAUAAGCCGGCGAACUUGCAGCAUGCGCAGCAGGACAUCAUGGUGCAAUAG